AUGGGCGAUUUUAAUAAAGGGGUGAGGGGCUCGGUGGAGUGGAAGAGACUAUCAUCAGCGUCGUCGUCGUCGUCGUCGUCGUCGUCGUCGUCGUCGUCGUCGUCGUCGUCGUCGUCGUCGUCGUCGUCGAUACUCGUUCCGGAGAGUUAUGGAGUCGCACAUUCGGAUUACGAAAGUGCAAACAAGUUGAGAACGCGAAUGAAGCAGCCGAGACUCAACUCCGGCCUGGGAAACUCGAGAGAAGCAAUAAUGGACGACCGAUAUCUAGACGAUCACCUGCUAGUGGUCGCGGUUGAUAUCGCCGUCGAGGAGAAGAGCAGAAUCGCCGGAAUGGCAGCAGCGACCUUACACAAGCUGCGCCACGUGAUCCAGCAGAUGAAGAACUGGCGAGACGACAGCGCGAGGCUCAAGAGCAAUAUCUGGCGAAUGAAAAUGGCCCUUCGUGCGGAUGACAAGAAUGGAAACGAUAACCUGGAGAUCGACCCUUUGAUCGUGCACCAGAGGACGGAGAUUAGUCGGCUGGAGCAAGCGAACGACGCUUUGGGGAACGAAGUGGCGAGUCUGAAGCGCGCUCUGACGCGAGCCGAGGAGGAUAUCGUGCGUAUCGCCGACCGCGAAGCGGGGGAUGAAAUCGCCGGGACUGAGGGCGGACCUGCGGACGAGAAGAGAGAGGAAAGACGCUCGAGUGAAAUCUCGUUCCAGCAGCGGCGGAAAGAGACCGAGGAGAGUCGUGAAACGCGCGUAAUGCUGAGGCGACUCGGCGACCGGCUGGAGGACUUUGCGAGAGGCGAUCGUGCGUUCGAGCUAAUACUCGCGAACGCGCUCGGUAAGGUCGUUGAAACGAUAGUUGCCUUGUCGGAGAAGCUCGUGAAUGUCCACGAAGAACUGUACCAGUUCAAGACGAAGAACAGGAACCUACAUCGCAAGCUAGACCGAGCGAGAGCCAUGCUGCGGUGUCGGAGCGGCAACAGCGCGGAAUACCAGAAGAGAAUCGGCGAGUUGAACCGCUUCGCGGAGCAGCUGAUGGCGGAAAUGGCUCGAUUGAAGGUGAUUCGCGAGAAUAUCAAGCGCGACGGGCACUUGGCUGACGUGGACAUCCCGCGUGUGGUCACACACGUCGGGCGCCUAAUGGACGACUUGAAGAACAGUCUGAAGAGUGAGCGAGAGGCGAUGAUGGCCGCCGGCGACCCGGAUCGCCUGAGGUACAUGAAGAAGGUGGUUGAUCUCAAGGUAAACCUGAGAGUGUUGGCCGUGGAACUCAGGCAGGCGAGUUCGCCGUCGUUGUCGCCGAUGCGCAAGUGCAGCCUCGAGCACGAGAGCUGCGCAAAAACAGCUUCGCUGCUGAACGACUUUCUGUCAAAGAUCGACACCGAGGUCGGCAAGCUGAAGCUCACGUCGAUAGACAGGUAUUGCAGAAUUGGCGGUAUCAGCGGUUCGCGAUACAUGACGAAGAUCGCGGAGCUCGAAGACCUGGUGAAGAAGUCGGUCACGGUGAUCGCCGCGUUACAUUGCCGUUGGAAUCGCCAGGAUCCGUUGGAAACCGCGGACGCCACUGAGAGGAUAGUGGAGGAGCUCGGUGACUUGAUCGAGCGGUUGUGCCGCAAGCUGAAGGAUCUCGAGAUCCUCGACGACCGCGCGAGCCUGCGCGAGCGAAUCGGUCGCCUUGAAGUGUCGAUCGUGCGCCUGAGACUGGAACUUACGGAGAAGAACGAGCGCGUGAGUGCACUGAACGACGAGUGCGGGCGCGUCAGGUCGACGUUAGAGGACGAGCGCGGCAAGCACGAGCAAAUCGUCGCUGACAUGUCCCGUGAAAAUGAGCGUCUUCGCGAGGACGCGAACAGCCGGAAGCGAGACAUAUCGGAGCUGUCGCGCGAACGCGCGCAAUCGGAGGGGCGCGUCGCGAAGAUGCGACUGAUGACGGUCGAAAUUGAUACGCUGGGGAAAAAAUUGCGGCGGCUGCGCGAUGACAAAGAGACGCUAUUAGGACGGGCGGAGAAGAUGCGUAAUAUUCUCCGCGAGCGAGACAAAGAAAUUGCGAAUAUCAUUACCGGGCGGGACUCGCUGAAAGCAGUCCUCGGAGCCGAGGUAAAGGACCUGAAGAUGAAACUCGGCAUCGCUGCCGACGAAAAUGUAAAACUGAAAACCGAAUCAAAUGAGUCUAAAAUAAGCCUGGACGAGGCGAACGGGCAAAUCACCCGUUUGAAGCGCGCGCUGGACGAAGCGCUCGGUGACAGGGCGAGGCUACACGAUGAAGUCUCCGAUUUGAAGUCUAACGAGGAGUCGUUGACGUAUCGAUUGAACGUCCAGACGAGCGCCGGCGAGGAAGCGGCGGGAGAGCGUGGGAGGUUGAUGGAGACGAACAAAGUGCUCGAGGGCAAAAUGAAACACCUUCGGGACGAGAAAGAGCAACUCAAGGCGGAAUUGUCGGAAUCACGGGCCGAAAAAGGAUCACUGGAACGGUCGAUGAACGAUGCCAAUAACAAGUGCGCCGCGUUGCAGGAUCGAGUUAGGAAAUUUCAGUGCGAGCUCAGUGGCCUCCGCGAAAAGGUGACCGAGCGCGAGGCCGCCAUGGAGGAUUUCAAGCUCGAGCUGGAGAAGGCACGGACGGACCUCGAGGAUGCGGCCAUCCAAGUGUCGCGCCUGAAAGCGGAAAAUUCGAGGCUCACCAGCGACCUGGACGUCCUGUCCGAGGCGCGGUGCGCGGAGGCGGACGGCCGUGUGCGAGUGCUGCUGGCAGAAAAGAACGAGCUGACGACGCGUAUUAACGAGCUCGAUGAUGAGAACGCCGGCCUGCGAGAUCGCUGGAAUAAGACGAAAGCGGAGAAUGAAUAUCUUUCCAUGGAAUUGAAUAAAUCAAGGGUCGAAAAUGACAAAGUGAGGGCGAUAAACGCCCUGCUGCAGUUCACCUGCAACAAGAGGCUGAGCGAGAACGACGAGUUGACAAGGGAACGAGACGAGGCGAGGCGACGACUUAAUGAAAUCGGCAGCGAUCGACGGCUGGAAAUCCAUGUUGCCGAGCGCGAAACGCUGCGGAUCGCCGCAGUCGCGUCGUACUGCGAAAAGAAUGAUCGCGAGAGUCACUUGAAGAGAAUCGAUACGCGGCAUCCACUUGCGAACGGCCACGAGCGAGGACUCGCGGACCUUCAUAACAAGCUUCGGCACAAGUUGGAUUACUUGGAUGCCGCGCGAACGAGCAUAAAGGUCGAAAUUGAUGGAGGGAAGGAUAACGACACGACAAUCAAAGCGGAAUCUGAUACAUGUUCAGGCCCUGAUGGUAAAAUAAAGAUCAAAGACAGGCCAAAGGGCGGACUGAGGAGGCUCGCGAGAACCGAGAAUAAGGUUUCGACAUUGGAACCGGCGAAUUACGGUGCAAAGAACGGUGUCGUAACGAUGGAACUGGCGCGCGCCGAAGACGAAUCUGAAAGUCCGAUACGUCCGGCCGCCGGAGAACUCGGCGACGAAGAAAUCAUUGACUUCAUCGAGUCCGCCUCGAAGAGGAGACGCGAGCUCGUGAAUAUCCGCUAUACACCGCGGAUGAAUAAUUAUACCGGUCAUUCCGGCGACUCCAAGAUGUUCGGGGAUAAGGUACGGUCUCAGGUGGCCGAUAUUGAUCAGCUCGAGGUCGAGAAUAGGGCACUGAAGAUGGAAGUAGAUAUUCUACGUGACAGUCUCGACUUCAGUCUGGUGGACGGAGAGAGAACGAGGACCGGCCUCGCUAAGGCGACGGAGGAGAUUCGAGCUUUGAAAUCGGAGCUGAUGAAUCUGCGGGACGAGAAAACGACCUUGAGGUCGCGGCUUGAGACGUUCAAGGAAGAAUUAAACGGAUUCAAGUCCGAGCGAACAGCUUUAAAGGACGAGCUCGUUGCUUCGAGAAAGUCCAAUUUCGAUCUUAGGCUCAAGGCGAACAACCUGCGAAGCGCCGUGGAAAAACUGAAGGAGACGAACGCGAGACUAGAAGGCGGUUUACGAAACGCAUUGAGAGAAACGAACGAGCGUAGCGCGGUAUCCGCGGCAACUCGGCGAAUAUUUUCCGAAACAGCAGCCAAGCGGACGAAAAUUUACGGGCAAUCAAGAAGCGACUGAAUCGAUUCGAGAGUACAUCCCUGCUAAGAAUUCUAGACCGCAAUCUACCGAGGAGGAUCUGGAUGGAACAUAUGGAUGGGCAAAAAUAGCCGCGGUUCAGCCCGGCGAACCGAUAAAUAUGCACGCUAACACGCUGCUACACCCGCUGUGCAACUUGUCGAAUGUCAUCCUGUCUUUGUCCGCCUCGUUAACUUUUGAAAGCAGUUUAAGUCGUGAAAGCACCGCAGUUAAUCCUGAUUGAGAAAAGCAGCGCGAUCGAAACGUGUUCGUAUC